AUGGCUUCGAAAAUCAAGACAAAAUCUGAUCACAAAAGAUCCAAUAAUAAUAACAAAGAUGGUCCCACAACCGGUCACUCUACCACCUCCACACAAUUCAGUAACGUUCUACCUUUAGAACAAUUGGCAAAUACAAAUACACUGACAAUUAGGCUCAAGUGGGAAGAUAACAAUGUGAGAUAUGAUAUCGACCAGCAAUUGAAGGACUUACUACUGAAGAACCAUGGUUAUAUCAUACCCUUGAACGAAAUUGAAUCCUAUCAGUAUUUGAAUGAUACUAAAAGACUAGAAACUCUACAGGAAUUUAAAGAUAUCUAUAAAUUUGAAAAUGGUAACGAGGAAAUUCAGAAAUUUACUAGAAUAGGAAAGGAUAAAAUCGAACAAGAAGAAAAACAUGAGGAGGAUGAACAAUUUUUUUAUAAUUUAGUCCUGCAAGCUCAGUUACAUAAUGAAACCAAUCUAACUAAGGCGUGUGAGGCAGUUCAAUCAUUGUUAUCCAAAGAUGAUCAUGAUUCUGUUAAAGAACUUAUACAAUGGUCAAUAAGUUGGAAUAAACGUGCUUUGACACAUCCGAACAAUUUAUUCAUAGGCGGAGUUAAUAAGAAUAUGACGCUUGAGAAUAUGACUGAUUAUCUUUGUAAAUACGGCCAUAUUUCAUCACUUAAACUAUUACAGAAUGAGAAUAAUUCAAAAAAUAACAAAAGCAAUAAUGAUAGUGAAAUACUUUCUAAUACAGGAUACGGGUUUGUUUCUUUCCAGUUGGGUUCACAGGCAUCAAACUGUAUUAAUGAACUGAACGGGAAACUAUUCAAAGGCUCGAAGUUAUUUUUGAAUUAUCAUGUAGAAAGAAAGGAACGUGAACGGAUUCAAUGGAAUCAACUAAGAGAAAAUAAUGACGAUGGAAAAUUUAAAUGUAUAUUUAUUGGAAAUUUCCCGAUAAAUAAUAUGAAACAAGAAAGUGGAGAAACUGAGAAUAAAGAUAAAUCCAUAACAAAUGAAUUUAAUUAUCGAAUAACGCCCGAAAUCAUAAUCGAAAAAAUAAAAAGUGAAUUACUACCAUUAAUACCAGACUUCGAGAUUUUGUCUUACUAUUUUCCAAGGAUACAGAAUAAUCAUGAUGUUACUUACAUUAAGAAUCAAAGUACGGUUAAUGCAAAAGUUUUUGAAUCUGAUAAUGUAAACGAUUUGACAAAAAGUGGUACAGAAAACGCUUUACCCUUAAAGGGGUAUGGAUUCAUUAAUGUGUUGAAUCAUGAACAAGCACUCCAAAUAAUAGCAAAAUUUAAUAAUUAUGAAUGGAACGGAAGCAGAUUAAUAGUGAAUAAGGCGGUUCAGAAUUCUAUUCAUGAAGGCACUAGUCAUAAUUCUCAUUCUUUCACAAUUCAUGGUAAUAGCAGCCAUAAUGCCACCAGUAAAAAACAAGAAGGUGAUGAUGCUUAUAAUAUUACCAGGUCAUCGAUCUCAUCUUCAUCGAGACACGCAAGCUUAAGUGGAUUGAGUAAUAACAAUUCAAAGCCAUUCAUUCCAAGGAAUAGAUCAUACAAUAAUAGUCAAUAUUACAAGAAUAAUAAUAGUAAUCCCUACGCUUUUCAACCAAAUUAUCCUAUCUCACCACCAACCACUAACUUAUUACCAAUGGCUCCACCAUUUUCGCCGAAUGCAAAUGGUUAUACAUAUGCAUAUCCACUACCUAUUGGUGGCCCAAGGAACGAUUCCUUUGAUAAUGGUGGGUUAUCGCCGUUAUUAGAUAACUUAACAGUUGGUGGAGUAGUUCCACCGCCGCCACCACCCCCACCUUUAGCAUUAUCUCCUAUUCCUCAGCCGAAUAUGAUGGGACCAGGAAUAUCUGUCCCGUCUCUCAUCUCAAAAGCUUCCCCAACAGUAUAUGUUCCGACGUCAUCUUCUAGUGCCCUAUCGAAAAGGAACAAGGAUAAAAAGGGCGAGAUAGACGAGGAAGAUGACGAUCUAGAUGAACGAAGUCAAAAUGAUUAUCCUAUAAAUCCCAUGUUUUAUUUUAACAACUUUGGAUAUGGAUACAUGCCAAAUUAUACUUAUAAUUAUGGAUAUAAUAAUACUUAUAAUCCAAAUACAGCGGGUUCCUCAAAUUUAGGGUAUAGUAGAGAUUAUAAUAUAGUACCAGGGUUUGACGGUAUUAAUGAGAAAAUUAAUAAUAAUGGAAAAUUACCCAUUCCUUUAUAUUUCCAACAAGAAUCGAACCUUUAUGUUAAAUACCUCCCAUUAGAUUGGGAUGAUGAUGAUUUAUAUGACUUUUUCGUUCAAUAUGGGAAUAUUAUUAGUGCGAAAGUUAUAACAGUAGGUGGAAGUAAAAAUAAAACUCAACAAAAGGAUAGAGGUGAUGAUAAGGAACUAAAGGAAAGAGAAGAAGACGAAGAUAAUGAUAGCUCGACUAUAAAAUCUGAAGACGAAUUAGGACAACAUGAAGAAGAUAAGGACGAGGAUAUUAAUGGAGCUGAUGAAGCGAAGGAAAAAAUUGGUAUAUCGAAAGGAUACGGAUUUGUAUGUUUUGAAAAUCCAUUAGAUGCAUCCCAAGCAAUUCUUGGUACAGAUGGUGUUGCUGUUACUCCUACGAAUAUAUUGGGGGUCACAUUUGCACAAAAGAGACAUCAUCAUGCUAGAGAUAAUAGCAGUGCCAGCAAUAAUAAUAAUAUGAAAUGGAACGAUCACGGGAAUGAAAUUAGAUACAACAGGAAAUUUAUGAAUGCAGUGAUAGAACAACAGCAACAGCAACAACAAAAUGGAUCUACCGCACGACCAAAUAACCACUGGAGUUAUCGUAUUUCCACUACACAUCCAUUGAACUAA